UAAAAACAAACCGAAAGGUCAUCUCAUAACCUGAUGUGCUCUUGUACGCUUUAGUGCGAUUCUUAAAAUUAAAAUCUAUUUUAGUCUAUCCAAAAUAAUCACGAAGCAAUGUUCGUUUUACAUUUCCUUGUCACCUUACUAGUUUUAGCUGUGGUUUAUAUCGUCCAUCGGUCAUCACAGAUUUUAGACUAUUGGAAAAAACGUGGGGUCAAAUAUGUGAAGCCUUUACCUAUAGUAGGCAAUAUGUUACCUACAAUUACAGGCUCGAAAUCCAUAGCUGAGUUAAUAAGAUAUUUUUAUAACGCUUUUCCGUCUGAAAGGUACGUGGGAAUUUUCCAGUUCUCGAGACCAAUACUGUUGAUACGCGAUCCUGAACUAAUAAAAAUCGUCACUAUUAAAAAUUUUGAAAAUUUUGUUGAUCAUCUCGGUUUUAUUUCUGCUGAAUCUGAUCCAUUGUGGGGAAAAAACUUAUUUGCAAGCCAAGGUGAAAGAUGGCGGGAUCUUCGUCAAACCCUAAGUCCUGCUUUUACAAGCAGUAAAAUGCGCACGAUGUUCUCUUUGAUGCAGGAAUGUGCCAAACAAUUAGUAACUUAUUUUAAGGACCAGAACAACAGCAUAGUCAAAGUCGACUUAAAAGAUAUUUUCUCAAGAUACGCAACUGACGUCAUCGCAACGACAGCUUUCGGCAUUAAGUGCGAUUCUUUAAAAUUUAAAAAUAACGAAUUUUUGUUGGCAGGGAAAGAGUUUUCUGAUUUUAGUGGUAUAAAAAGGUUCAAGUUUUUAAUUUAUGGAAAUUAUCCAAAGCUUACAAAGUUUUUUAAACUUAAAAUAGUACCAGAUCGGGUAGGUAACUUUUUUAGAGGAAUUAUUGACGAAACUAUCCGUUUGAGAGAAGAAAAAAACAUCAUCCGACCAGAUCUCAUUCACUUGUUAAUGUUGUCUCGUAAAGGCAAGCUAAAAUACGAAGACUACAUGAAUCUACCAAAAGAAGGAUUUGCAGCUGUUGAAGAAUCAGAAAUCGGAAGAGUUGUACACAAUCCUAACUACCUUUCUAACGAAGACAUAACAGCACAAGCUUUAGUUUUCUUUCUUGGAGGUUAUGACACUAUUUCAUCAACUACAUCGUUCGUUGGUUACGAACUUGCCAUUAACCCUCAAAUACAGCAAAAACUUAGACAAGAAAUAAGCAAAACGCAUAAAACCUAUGGUGAUAAUAUCACGUAUGAACAACUACUCGAUAUCAAAUAUCUUGAUAUGGUAGUUGCCGAGACGUUGCGAAAGUGGCCUCAAGCUAUAUGGUUGGAUCGCAAGUGUACUAAAGCUUUUGAAAUUACACCAGAAAGAAGUGGAGAAUCUCCAAUUAAAAUCAAUGAAGGUGAUAUUUGCUGGAUACCGGUGUAUGGGCUGCACAUGGACCCCAACUACUUUCCGAAUCCUGAUGUCUUCGAUCCAGAAAGAUUUAGUGACGAAAAUGCCAAAAACAUUAAAGCUGCUACAUUUUUACCAUUUGGUAGUGGUCCAAGAAACUGCAUCGGAUCUAGAUUUGCUUUGUUAGAAGCAAAAAUCAUAUUAUAUAAUCUUUUGUUGGAGUUCGAAUUCGUCCCUACAGAAGAAACCCAAAAUCCAAUUAAAAUUAAGAGAGACAGUGUUCUAUUAUUGGCUGAAAAAGGUUUCCCAGUAGGAUUUAAACGUAGUGUAAUAUCUUGAACUAAUUUCUAUAUCUAGUUUUGUAAUAAUAAAACUUUCUCACAUAA